AAACCGCAGCUACUUUUUGAUCGACGCGUACGCUUGGUCUUGGUGUUCCCGCCGCCCCUUCUCUCUCUACCCUCCAUUCAUUCUUUCUCUCUCUAGAAACAAAACCAUUAACAGCACAUAACAAGGCAUUAUAAAACCCACCAACCAACCAAAGAAGCAUUGAAUCUUGAAGAAGCAAGCAAUGGCCAAGUUCAAGAACAAUGCCAAGAAGUUGUCCUACAUCUCAGUUCCUUCUCAGAUCAUCAACUCCAUCUCAUCUUCUUCUCUUCAAUCUCUACUUGAGUCCCCCAAGAAGUGUGCAAGGCACUCCAAGUUUCCCAAGUGCAGGAGCCCAAGACUCUUCCUUUUCACUCUUUUUUUCUUUGCCUUCUUAGCCAUGCUCAAGUUUGGCUUCAAUCUGGACACCCCAUUUCCUCCCUUCCCGUGUGCAACCUCAAAACCCGAACUUGCAACUGCAUCACACAAAGGUGGUGUUUUGGAUGGUGCUGUGCCACAGCCUCUGAUUUCCACUGUGCAGUUACAUGCAGAUUUUCCUCAUGAAAGGGGUGAGGAGGUUGAAAAGAGUGAGUUUUGGGAGCAGCCAGAUGGGUUGGGGUACAAGCCUUGUUUGGAUUUCAGUAGGGAGUAUAGGAGAGAGAGUGAAGGGGUUGUGAAGAACAGGAGGAGGUACCUCAUGGUGGUGGUUUCUGGAGGGAUGAAUCAGCAGAGGAACCAGAUUGUUGAUGCUGUUGUUAUUGCUAGGAUUCUUGGGGCUGCUUUGGUUGUCCCCAUAUUGCAAGUCAAUGUCAUUUGGGGAGAUGAAAGUGAAUUUGCUGAUAUAUUUGAUUUGGAGCACUUCAAGAGUGUUCUUGCCAAUGAUGUGCGAGUGGUGUCAGCAUUGCCAUCAACACACCUAAUGACAAGGCCUGUGGAGGGAAGCCCUCCACUUCAUGUCACUCCCAGUUGGAUUCGGUCACGCUAUCUCAGAAGAUUCAACAGAGAGGGCGUUUUGCUUUUACGUGGAUUGGAUUCAAGGCUGUCAAAGGAUCUUCCUCCUGACCUUCAGAAGCUCCGAUGCAAGGUUGCUUUUCAUGCAUUAAGAUUUGCAAAGCCUGUUCAGGAACUUGGUAACAAUAUUGCUGAAAGAAUGAAAAGCAAGGGACCCUACCUUGCUCUUCAUCUGCGGAUGGAAAAGGAUGUCUGGGUGAGAACUGGUUGUCUACCUGGUUUGAGUGCUGAGUAUGAUGAGAUUGUAAACAGUGAGAGGAUACAACGGCCGGAGCUCCUGACAGCCAGAUCAAACAUGACUUACCAUGAAAGGAAGCUGGCUGGCCUUUGCCCCUUAAAUGCUAUGGAGGUUACCAGGCUGCUUAAAGCUCUAGGAGCUCCAAAAAAUGCAAGAAUUUAUUGGGCUGGAGGACAACCAUUGGGUGGAAAAGAGGCCUUGCAACCAUUAAUCCAUGAGUUUCCACAUCUUUACAGUAAGGAGGAUAUUGCCUUGCCUGGAGAACUAGAACCAUUUGCAAAUAAGGCUUCCCUAAUGGCUGCCAUAGAUUACAUAGUCUCUGAGAAAAGUGAUGUUUUCAUGCCAUCUCAUGGAGGAAAUAUGGGCCAUGCUCUUCAGGGUCACCGGGCCUAUGCAGGACACAAGAAAUAUAUAACCCCAAACAAAAGACAGAUGCUGCCAUAUUUUCUGAAUUCUUCCCUCCCUGAAGCAGAGUUCAAUAGGAUCAUCAAGGAAUUGCAUCAGGAUUCAUUAGGUCAGCCAGAACUCAGGACUAGCAAGGCUGGGAGGGAUGUCACCAAGUAUCCUGUUCCAGAGUGCAUGUGCAAUGGCUCACAUCAUCAGUCCUCCUAAUUGCACAUUUGAUAUCAAAGCUUUUGGUACAAAGAUUACAUGCAAAUGGAUAUGCAAUGCUAGUUUCGGCAACCUGUACAAUCUUGAUCCCUUGUGAACUACUUGAGGUCACUUCCACGGAAACCACAGUUCUUAAGAGAACCAUCAUUAAGAGACAUAAAGUCAAGCAUGGCUAUCACUAUACAGGGGUACUCACAUUUUUACUUAAAUACACGUAUGUAUGUUAUUAUGCGAGGCGAAGUAGAUUUUCAUCAGUUGAUGAUAGGCUAAACUAAAUCAAUGCAUAGCAAAUCAUUCUUUGAUUCUUUAUAGAGUUUGUAUAGGAUACAUUUUACUUACUCUUGUUACGUGUAAUUCUUUGUAGUACACUAUCAAGCCUUGUACUGCUGUACAUAUCUGUAUAAAUUCUCAAUUUUGUUAUUGAGUUAUUUGCUCUUUCAA